AUGCUUCUCUUGGGAUCCGAUUCAUACAAGUGGACAAAACUGGUUUGCUCCUCCUCGGAAGGGUUUCCUCAGUUGCACAUUCUACAUUUACAAUCUUUACUGUCUUUGGAGGAAUUGAUAGUGGAAGAAGGGGCAAUGAUGAAGCUCAAGAACCUAAAGAUAGACUGCUGUCCAAGAUUGCGAAAGAUUCCAGAACGAUUUAAGUUAUUGACUACAUACUCUUGA